AUGUUCUUCGCGGCCACGGUGUGCGCCGCAGCGGCGGCCCCCGGCGUCGUGCAGGCCGCGAAGGACCGUUCGCAGGUCCCGCGCGCGGAGGAGCUGUCGUUGGUUGACGAGCGGACCAACCAGGCCGCGCGCUGGCAGCUGGAGGAGCGCUCGUGGAACAAGCGGCACUUCUCCGCGGUGUACAAGACGUACAACGCCGGGGAGCUCCUGCGCACGCUGAACGCCCCCAUCUCGGGCGCCCAGGCCUCCAUCAGCGCGGCGUCCACGAGCGCCUCGGCCCUCACGGAGCGCACGUCGAAGGCGUCAAAGACCAUCGAGACUUCCGGUCUGCUGCGCGUCUGCGCCGCCCUCAUCUGCCUCGGCUGCUUCUCCGUCUGCCUCUCCAAGGCCAUGCGCGGCGUCCGCGACCCCGUCGCCACCCACGGCACCGGCACCCGCCCGGGGGCCCCCGCCUUCAUUCCUGACAGCAAGGACCAGGAAGCAGACACCCCCCAGGACCCCUCCGCGCUCUCGAGCCGCACGCGCGCGGCCCUCGGCGUCGCGGGCAAGGCCGACGUCGCCGCCAAGGCCGCCGCGGCGAUCCUCGACACCGAGAAGCUCCAGGCCGCCGAGUCGAUGGCGGCGGAGCGCCGACGCGCGCGGAUCGACGCGCUGCAGAGCUACGCCGAGCAGACCGAGGAGCGCUUGGCUGCGCAGGCCGAGGCGGCGCAGAAGGCCGAGGAGCUCGCCCAGCAGGCGGAGGAGCGUGCGCGGCGCAAGGCGGAGGAAGACGCAGUCCGCGCGCAGCUCGCCAAGGUCGCGGAGCAGGCCGCGGAGCUCGAGAAGCGCAUCGCUGCGAAGCAGGCGAAGAAGGAGGCGCAGGCGAAGUCGGCGUUCACGGACGUGUCGGUCGAGGAGGAGCGCGCGCGGCUCGCGGAGCAGGAGGCGGCGCGGGCUGCGAAGGAGCGUGCUGGCGCGGAGGAGGAGGCGCGGCUGAAGGCGGAGGAGGAGACGCGCGCGGCGGAGGAGGCGGCGCGCGCGGCGGAGGAGGUCGCUGCGGGCGACGAUGACGCAGCGGCGCGGGAGCGGGAGAGAGAGGCGUGCUUGCGCCGGGAGGCGGAGAUGCGCGCGGAGAAGCAGCGGCUGAGCGAGACGACGUCGGCGCUGAAGGCGACGCUGCAGGACGCGGCGACGGCGCUGACGGCGAAGGACGCGGCGGCGACGCUGCAGUUUGAGCGCGUGGCGGCGGCGUGGCGCGAGCGCGAGCGGCGCGAGCAGGAGCUGCUGCGGGAGCGCGCGCGCCAGCUCGCGGAGCGGGCGGCGAAGCAGGCGGCCGAGGCGGAGGCCGAGAGCAAGCGCCUGGGCGAGACGACGGCGCAGCUGAAGGCUGUGCUCACCGACACGACGAAGAGCCUCGCGGACAAGGACAAGCAGGCCGCGGAGGCGAGGGAGCGCGCGGCGGAGGAGGCGCGCGCGGCGGAGGAGGCGCGCGCGGCCGCGAAGAAGGCCGAGGCCGAGGCGGAGGCCAAGCGGCUGGCGGACGCGACGGCGCAGCUGCAGGCGGCGCUGUCGCAGACGACGCAGGGCCUGGCGGAGGCCGACGCCGCCGCGGCUGCGAAGCUCGCCGAGCAGAAGAAGAAGCAGGCGGAGCAGGCCGCGGAGGCGGAGCGCGUGCGCGCCGCCGCGCGGCAGGCGGAGGCGGAAGCGGAGGCGAAGCGCCUGAGCGAGGCGACGGCGGAGCUGAAGACGGUGCUGAGCGACACGGCGAAGAGCCUGACCGACGCGGACGCGCAGGCCGCGGAGGAGCGCGAGCGCGAGCUGGCGGAGCAGGAGCGCGUGCGUCAGGCGGCUCAGAAGCUCGAGAAGGCGGCGGAGGCGGAGCGGCUCGCUGCGACGACGUCCGACCUGAAGACGGUCCUGUCUGACACGUCGAAGAAGCUGGCGGACGCGGACGCGGCGGUGAGCGAGAAGGAGGCCGCGGAGAAGAGGAAGCGCGAGGAGGCGGACCUGGCCGAACAAGAGCGUGUGCGAGCAGCGGUCAAGAAACUCGAGGCCGACGCGGAGUCGCAGCGGCUGGAGGACAGCACGUCGCAGCUGAAGGGCGUGCUCCAGGACGCGACGGAGGACCUCGCGGACGCGGACCAGGCGGCCGUUGAGGGGCUGGAGGCGGCGGCAGCGGCGUGGGCGGCGGUGCGCAAGGCGCGGGCGAAGCGCCGCGAGCAGGAGCGAGAGGCGAAGCGGCUGCGUGCGUCUGCGGACGAGCUCGAGAUGGGCCUGAAGAAGGAGAAGUCCGGCGGCGACGCGAAGAAGAGGGACACUUCUGCGCCAGCGGAGGUCGUUGUUGCCGCUGCCGGCCUCGCGGAGGUCGCGGCGGAAAGCGACAAGGCCGAGAAGGACGACGCCGAGAAGGAGGAGGAUGCCGACGCGAAGGAGGAGCCCGUCGUGGCCGCGGAGAAGGCGAGCGCUGAUGAUGAGGCUGCGGUCGUCGUUGAGGCCAAGAAGGACGACGAGGACGAGGAGGUCGCGGUGGAGGCGGUCGAGACCCUCGCGAAGGCCGAGUCCGAGAGCGAGAGCGCCGCGGAGGUCGAGCGUCUGCGCGGCGUGGUCGCGGAGCUGCAGGGCGUGCUGAAGAACACCUCCGACGAGCUGGCGCGCAAGGACGCGGAGGCCGACGAGCUCCGCACGGCUGCCAGCGCCGACAACGCGCGCCAGGCCGUGAUCGCCCAGGAAACCCAGCGGCUGCAGUCUGAGGCUGCGCAACUCAAGGCCGUCCUGGAGCAGGAGAGCGCCCGCCUGGCGGCCGCUGACGCGGCCGCAGCGCAGUCCCCUGCGAAGGUCGACAUCGGCGCGCCGGUGGUGGCUGCGCAGCGCGAGGACUCGGCGGCGGAGCAGGAGCGCCUGGCUGCGUACACGGCGCGGCUGCAGAACCUGCUGAAGGAGACGUCGGCGACGCUGGCCGACGCGGACGCGAUGCGCGAGGGAGAGACGAACCUGCAGGAGGCGGCUGCUACGCUGGCCGCAGAGGCGUCUGCGGCGAGAGAUGCGGUGAAGACGACGGUGUCGACUGUAUCCUCCUUCGCGGAGGCCUCCGCGGUCGCGGCGGCGCUGUCCGCCGAGGCGUCCGCGGCGCGGCAGAUGGCGCAGGAGCUGCGGGCGCGGGCGAAGGGCGACGAGGGCAAGAAGCUGCAGGCGCAGAAGGCCGAGCUCCUUGCUGCGUACAAGACGCAGGCCGCGCUGCUGGUCGAGCGCGACGCGAUGGCGGCGCUCCCGAAAGCGGAGAAGCCUGCUGUGGUCGCGGAGGACGAGAAGGUGGCUGCGGAGGUGGCUGCGGAGGAGGAAGAGGAAGAGACGCCGGUUUUUGAGCGGGCGCCGCCGGUGAGCAACUACGAUGAGGGCAAGGUAGUCCAGGCGGCGCAGGAGAAGCUCAUGGAGGUGUACAAGGCGAACGCGGCUGCGCUCGAGGCCCUCGAUGCCGUCGCGAAGCUGCCGGAGGUGCCGGUCAGGCCGGAGUUUGGCGGUGACAUGGCUGUCGACGGUGCCUCUGCAUCGUCGUGGUCCUCGACGGUGAACGCCGCGAAGCCCAAGCCCGCGGAGUACAAGCCCGACCCGAGGCUGGCCGCUGCUGCUGCUGCCGUGAAGGGCGGCGCCGGGGCCGCUGCGCAGCCGCGCUCGUCGGCCACCACGCCGGUCGACACGCGCGCCCAGAUGGCGGCGCUCACGCAGUCCGGCGCCCCGAUGUCCACCGCGGGGGACUCCUUCGCCGACGUGGUCCACGCGGCGGCGCGGAGCAUCGAGCGGCUCGGCGCGAUGAUCGCCGGGGGCAACAUGCGCGACGAGCGCAUCGCCAAGCUCGUGCGCUCGCAGGGCUUCCCCGUGCUCGCCAUCAUCGCGUUCUUCCUCGCGCUGCCGGAGAUGGCCCUCCAGGCCGCGGUCCGGCGCCGUGCGCGCUUGCUGCGCCCCAAGACGGACUUUGCCUCGCAGGACCAGGUGGUGAACGUCGCGCUGCUGCUCCUCCUGCCGUUCCUCAAGGGCGGGCCCGUCAAGUCGGACGCCGACAAGUACUCACCCGUCAAGGACCUCGCCCGCGUCGACGUGCCGAAGGGCGGCAAGUCGCCGUUCCGCGCCGCCGCCGAGGUUCUGCCCGAGGCUGGGGCCAAGGGGGGUGCCGCGGGCUCGGCGUCCACGGACCAGCAGCUCGUCGACAUGGGCGUGAUGCUGCUGCUGCCGUUCCUCAAGGACGGCCCCGUGCAGGGCGACGCGGACAAGUACUCGCCCGUCAAGGACCUGGCCAAGGUUGCGCCGCCCAAGGGCGGGAAGUCGCCGUUCCGUGCCGCCGCGGAGGUGAUCCCGGAGCAGGGGCUGCCGAAGGGCGACACGCUGGACAAGUACUCGCCCGUGAAGGACCUGGCAAAGGUCAAGGUGCCCGAAGGCGGGACGUCGCCGUUCCGGUUCGCGGCGGACAACCUGCCGACGUCGCAGGGCAUCCGCUCCGCGUUCAAGUCGGCGUCGGCGAAGGUGCUGGAGCUGCAGCGGAAGCUGGAGGACGACGAGGGCGCGGCUGCGGAGACGCCUGCGACGGAGAAGAGCGCUGCGAAGCAGGAGGAGGCUGUUGCUAAGAACGGCGCUGCGGAGGCGGCCAAGCCCGCGACCAAGAACGGCGCUGCGGAGGCGGCCAAGCCCGCGACCAAGAACGGCGCUGCGGAGGCGGCCAAGCCCGCGGCUAAGAACGGCGCUGUUGCGGAGAAGCCCGCGGCCAAGAACGGCACGAGGGAGGCGGAGAAGCCCGCGGCGAAGAACGGUGCGAAGGAGGUGGAGAAGGAGGCAGCUGCGGAGGACGAGUACGAGACUCCGGUGGUCCCCGGGGAGCCGAAGAUGAAGAUUUUGCAGAAGCCUGUUCGGAAGACUGAGGACGCGGCCUCCGGGGAGGUGCGCAUGAAGGACCUGCCGCUGGUGCAGGCGAAGAAGGAGGAGGAGGGCGGGGAGCACGGCGAGGUCGCGGCGGAGCAGCAGAAGAGCAAGAGCAAGAAGCGGAGCAAGAGCAGCUCGCGGGCGCGCUAA